UUAUUUUUGCGCGACAGUCGCAUUCGCACUGACUGUCGCCUGCGUCAACUACACGUUCCACACAAUGGGUUGGUUUUUUGCGGUACUGGUUGCGCUCAUCGCUUUGCUGCUAACAAGGUCUUGGCGCUGGUUCUACAUUGCGGGAGCAACAGCCAAACGAGAUUUAACUGCUCUGUGGGCCUAUGGAAAGCUGCUGCGUUACACGAAACGGCACGAACGCCUCAACCAUACCGUGGCCGAUGUGUUCGAGGAAAAUGUGAAUGCUCAUCCGGAGAAGACAGCCGUGAUUAGCGAGACACAGAAAUGGACAUUCCGCCAGGUGAACGAGCAUGCGAAUCGCGUGGCCAAUGUGCUGCAGGCGCAGGGCUAUCGGAAGGGCGACGUUGUCGGUCUGCUGAUGGAGAACCGUGCCGAGUAUGUGGCCACCUGGCUGGGUCUAUCCAAAAUUGGCAUCAUCACGCCGCUGAUCAACACGAAUCUGCGCGGCCCCUCGCUGCUGCACAGCAUCACAGUGGCCCAUUGCCAUGCGCUCAUCUACGGCGAGGAUUUCGUUGAGGCCAUGUCCGACAUAACCAAAGAUCUGCCCAACGAUCUGACACUGUUCCAAUUCAAUAACGAGAAUAACAACACCCAAUCGGAGGCGGUCAAACAGGCCAAGAAUCUGAAUACGCUGCUCUCCGCGGCCAGCACUCAGAAACCCGGCAAGGCUCAGGUGGAUCAUCAUGACAAGCUGGUCUACAUCUAUACAUCGGGUACCACGGGUCUGCCCAAGGCGGCUGUCAUCUCCCACUCACGUUAUUUGUUCAUUGCCGCCGGCAUCCACUACACCAUGGGCUUCAAGAACGACGACGUGUUUUAUACGCCUUUGCCGCUCUAUCACACCGCUGGUGGCAUCAUGUGCAUGGGUCAGUCGGUGAUCUUUGGCUCCACGGUGUCCAUACGCAAGAAGUUCUCGGCUUCCAACUAUUUUGCCGAUUGCGCCAAGUUCAAUGCUACUGUUGGUCAAUAUAUUGGCGAAAUGGCGCGCUAUAUCCUGGCCACUAAGCCAUCGGAAUACGAUCGUGCGCAUCGCGUGCGUUUAGUCUUUGGCAACGGUUUGCGUCCGCAGAUUUGGCCGCAGUUUGUGGAGCGUUUCAAUAUAGCCAAAGUGGGUGAAUUCUAUGGCGCCACCGAAGGCAAUGCGAACAUUAUGAAUCACGACAAUACUGUGGGUGCCAUUGGCUUUGUCUCACGCAUAUUGCCCCAGGUAUAUCCUAUAUCGAUAAUACGCGCCGAUCCGGAUACUGGCGAGCCCAUACGUAACAAGGAUGGCCUCUGCGAGCUAUGUGAGCCCAACGAACCGGGCGUCUUCAUAGGCAAGAUCGUCAAGGGCAAUCCGUCACGAGAAUUUUUGGGCUAUGUGGACGCCAAGGCAUCGGCCAAGAAGAUUGUCAAGGAUGUGUUCAAGCAUGGCGAUAUGGCAUUUCUCUCCGGCGAUCUGCUGGUCGCUGACGAGAAAGGCUAUUUGUACUUUAAGGAUCGCACGGGUGACACAUUCCGCUGGAAGGGUGAAAAUGUGUCGACCAGCGAGGUCGAGGCUCAGGUCAGCAAUGUGGCUGGCUACAAGGACACCGUGGUGUAUGGCGUAACCAUACCGCAUACCGAAGGACGCGCCGGCAUGGCUGCCAUAUACGAUCCGCAGGGUGAACUCGAUUUGGAUGUAUUUGCUGCGAAUCUUGCCAAGGUGCUGCCCGCCUAUGCGCGUCCACAAAUACUGCGACUGCUUACCAAGGUGGAUUUGACGGGCACCUUCAAGCUGCGCAAGGUGGAUCUGCAAAAGGAGGGCUAUGAUCCAAAUGUGGUGAAGGAUGCGCUCUACUAUCAAACGUCCAAGGGACGCUACGAGCCGCUCACGCCCAGCGCCUACGAAAAAGUGCAGCGCAACGAGAUACGAUUUUAAUGGACUGUAAUUACCACUCUCUUUAGGGUUCUUUUUCUUUGGUGAUUUUACACCCUAAUGCUGUUAAUUAAUUUGUAAGCGUCUUCAGCAACCAUUCCCCACUUUCGGGCUUAUGCACACAUCCAAAGCUUAGCACUUUUGUAUUGUUAAUAUACACAUAUAUACAUAUAUGUAUCUAGUAUAUAGUUGAUUUGUGCAUUUUUUUUUUUAGAAACGCAUUUUAUAUUGUUUUGUAUACGUACCAAAACUUUGUCUAAGUGCAAUUCGUAUGUGCGAGUGAGUGUGCGUGUAUGUUUGUAUAUCUUAUUGUUAGUCGUUUAGUAGCAUUUUUUACCACAUACCAUUUUAUGUAGCCUGUACAUAUGAGCAGCCAAUUGGUUUCUGUCCCUUAUUCUAUUAAACUCUGCGCCCCAGCGUAUCUAUCAAAUAAAGUUCUACAUCAAUUAGUUUUAUUGAAAA